AUGGCAGCCGAGGCCCCCGCCGACCCGACCAUCCCGCCCUCCGCCACUCAUGCUCCACCGCCGCAACCACCCCAACCACCACCACACCCUGAAAAAGCACACAUCCUCGUCACCGGCGCCUCGUCCGGCCUUGGCCGCGCCUUCUUCGAGCACUUCUCCUCCUUCCCGCCCGGCACCCACCACGUCCGCGGCAUCGACGCCCGCCCCUACCCCACCCACCCGGCCGCCAGUUCCUGCUUCGUCGGCGCCUGCGGCACCUUCAAUCAGGUUGACCUCACUGCCGAAGCUCUCGUCCGCAAGUUCGUGCAGAAUGCAACCAUCCCUGGCGCCGCCGCCGCAGCCCAGUCGCGCUCGCACUCGCGAUCGACGUCCAGCUCCGCGCCUCUCGCCUCCCCCACUGUGCUCUUCCGUGACCGUCAGCACUCCUACUCCCGAUGGCCCGACACCCCAGACACGGGCGACUUGCAGUCGAGCCCCUCCACCACACCAGCACAGUCACCAUCGACCCUAGUCCCGCCAUCAGCACCGCCCACCACCAAAGAAGCAAGAAAAGACUCCACCGCCCAACAUCCCCCACGCGACGGAGGAGACCCACCAGCAGCCGCAGCCCCCUACGCCGGCCCCUUCACCCUCGUCAUCCACAGCGCCGGCACCCGCGGCCUGGUCCCGUCUCACGAAGCCGCGCGCCCGCACGACGUCGCCGGCGCCGAGAGCAUCGGCGCCAUGGACGCCGCCACGAUGCGGCGCACCUACGAGAUCAACACCGUCGCCGCCUUCGUCCUGAUCAAAGCCCUCCUCCCAUCCCUCCUCCUCUCAUCCCCAUCCUCCUCCGCCGCCGCCUCCUCGGCCUCCUCAUCCUCCUCAACCUCCACCAUCUCCACCACCUCGACUUCUCCCGCCGCCCCCGCCCCCGCCAACAAACCCAAGUUCGUGCUCAUGGCCUCCCGCAUGGGCAGCAUCGGCUCCAACGGCUCCAACAACAGCAGCGCAAGCAACAGCAACGCCCUCGGCGGCGGCGGCUACGCCUACCGCGCCAGCAAGGCCGCCCUCAACGCCGUCGUGCGCAGCUUCAGCGUCGACGUGCCCGACGUCGUCUUCGCGCUCGUGCACCCCGGCCGCGUCGAGACGAACCUGGUCAAGACGAAGGAAGAAGGCGCCGUCGACGUCGGCGAGAGCGUCGCCGACGUGCUGCGGCUGAUCGACAGGCUGGGCGCGGCGGGCGAGGACGGCCUGCCGUCGGGGUGUUUUGUGGAUAGGUGGGGGGAGACGAUUCCGUGGUGA